UUGCGAUUUUAUGUUUAUCUAGAUCGUCCGAGUAAACCAAGGGGUCCACUUGAGCUAACUCGAAUAUCUGCAAAUGCUGCGACGCUUGAAUGGGAGCCUUGUGAAGACGAUGGGGGCAACCCUAUAAAGCACUACAUCGUCGAGAAAAUGGAUCUGGCUGACGGCCAAUGGAAGCUUGUAAAGACGGUUAAGGAGCCAAAAUGUGAAGUUCCAGAACUGAUUGAGGGGAACAAGUACAAGUUUCGUGUACGUGCCGUAAACGACGAGGGGGAAAGCGAUAAUUUAGAGACCGAGAAAGCUACCCUCGCCAGAGAUGUUUGUGAUCCACCAGACUCUCCUACAGGACUUGAAGUUACCGAUUGGGACAAAGACCAUGCUGAUCUUCAGUGGACUCCACCAAAGCGUGAUAAUGGAGCACCCAUUACUAAGUAUGUCAUUGAGGCCAAACCAAAAUCAAAAGGACAGUGGGCACAACUGAAGGAGGCCAGAGAGCCCAAGGCACGUGUUGACCUCACAGAGGGUGAAGAGUAUGAAUUCCGCGUGGUUGCUGUCAACAAAGCUGGAGACUCAAAGCCUAGCGAGGCCACUCUUCCUAUAAUUGCUAAACCACGUUUCCUAAAACCGAUGAUUGACAAGUUUGGAAUCAAGCCAAUCAAGGUUAAAGUUGGCCAGCCCGUUCAAUUUGAACUCACAUACAGGGCUGAACCGGAUCCUUCAGUCAGCUGGACAGUGCAUGACAAUAAGCCCCUGGUGACAAAUUUAGAUACUGUGGUAGGCUUCAAAGAACGCUCGACCAGUGUUAGCAUAUCGAAUGCUCAGCGUCGUCAUACAGCUCUCUACACCCUUACUGUGGAGAACGAGGUCGGAAAGGACACCGCAAAUUUGGAAGUAGUUGUUUUGGGAAAACCCAGCAAACCAAUUGGUCCUUUGGAGGUCACUGACGUCACCAAAACCAGUUGUCAAUUGGCAUGGAAGAAGCCAGAAGAUGACGGUGGUGAGGAGAUAACACACUACUUGGUGGAAAAAAUGGACUCUAAAAAAGGCCGCUGGGAGACGGUGUCUGAGGUUACACGUGGUACACAAUGUCCAGUAAACCGAUUGGAAGAAGGCAAUCGCUACCUUUUCAGAGUCACUGCCGUCAGCAAAGAGGGACCAAGUGAACCCUGCGAGACGACUACGGAAACAUUGGCGAAGAAUCCGUUUGAUGAACCCGAUCCACCUGGCCAGGUUCAGAUUGUCGAGCGCGAUUCCACUCAAAUAGAUCUGAAAUGGGAUCCCCCAGACAACGAUGGCGGCGCUCCGAUAAGCGGCUACAUUGUGGAGCGAAAGGAGCCAAAGCUGAAUCGUUGGGUAAAGCUCACAGCACAACCGGUGCGCUCUUGUGAAAUGUCUGACUCAACGGUGCGUGAGGGGCGUGAGUAUGAAUAUCGUGUGAUAGCCAUCAACGAGGCUGGGCCCAGUGAACCGAGUAAGGCGAGUGAGUUGGCCCUCGCCAAACCCAGCAAAGAGCCCCCGAAACUUGACACCUCGGGGCUAGGUCUAAAUGCUGCUAAGGAGAUCCGAAUUCGAGCAGGUGAGCCGCUCUCCCUCACGAUUCCGAUCAAAGGAGUUCCAAAGCCCAUCAUUCAAUGGAGCAAGGACGGUGGCCCAACUCCGCCAGGUGCAAACAUUGUUGAUAAAGAAGAUAUGACUGGCAUGAAUGUCGCACGAGCCCAAAGAUCCGACUCUGGCCAAUACAAAGUGUCUUUAAAGAACGACUACGGCGAAGAUCAGGCUAAUAUCAAGGUUAUCGUCAUUGGUAGGUGCUUGAGAGUAUAA